AUGUCAUGCUGCUCAAUCGAAAUAUCCUUUCUGUGCCUGCUCGCCCUUCAAAGUGCCAUCGGCUUCCGUCAGAACGCGGUGUUCGAUGACAGACCUUGGGAUGAAGAUUACUCUUUAUGGAAGCAGGGGACGGACGUUUUCAUCCGUAGCUACGGCCUCGCCUUCGACUGGGAAUACACUAUGACGGAAGAUGACUGCACUCUGGCAUUGCACCAUCUAUGGAACCCCAGAAUCAAAGGGCCGAAAAUCCCCGUUUUAUUUGUGCAUGCUCUCAUCGCCGACGGGGAUACGUGGUUCGUUUCAAAGCCGUCGAAUAGUUUAGCCAUGGUCAUGGCGAAAAACGGUUACGAUGUUUGGGCAUUGAACUAUCGCGCUACGUCCUACAGUCCGAUCGAAAAACAUCAAUAUGUGAACACAACUAUCGAUGAUAACGCUCUGAAAGAUCUCCCGGCUAGUAUCGAUUAUGUCCUCCAGAGGACGGGCUACCCGAGUCUCAACUUAGUUUCGAUGUCUAAGGGUGGAUUCGUGUCCCUGGCAUUAUUGUCGACGAGACCAGAAUACAACGCCAAGGUGCGACUCCACUAUACAAUGGUCCCAGUGACUGCCGUGACACAGCCUCGAGGGUGGAUCAAGUAUUUCUUGGAGUUUCAUCGCUUCAUGGUUGGCAAGCUCGGAGACAUCUAUAUGAGCCUCUUCGACUCGAAUACCCUGUACUUCGAUUUUUUACAUUUCUGGGAGUUCCCGUUAUUCCUCCAAAGGCUCGCUGAUACGCUUCCAGGGUUGGAGCAGCGGAUAGUCAAUUGGCUCUGGGAUGCCCGAUUCCGACGCGGACAUAUUAACAUGGAUAGAGAGAUCAUCUCGAAGGCAGUGAAACGCGGUUUUCCUACGAAGUGGUUUGGUCGGGAGAUGAUCCAAUUCUCUCAGAACACAUUCUCCGGACUUUAUCGGAGAUAUUCGCCUUCGUGGCUCGCUGACCCGAGGAGCGUUUAUCGAUCGACUUUACCGGACUCAAGACCAUUCGACUUGAGCCGGAUAAAAGCUCCGCACAUUAUGCUUCAAGCGAAUACGGAAAUAUUCAGUACUCCCGCCGAUAAUGAACGGAUCCGAAACGAGCUGUGCCAUACCUUCAUCUCGGGACCCCGAGCCUCCAAAUAUGCCUUCGAAGUGAGCGUCCCCAACUUUCAGCAUGUGGACCCACUGGUGGGGCGACAGAACGCCGAGAUCUAUGUCAACGCAAUAUACAUGACGUUCCGCGACCAUGAUAUCUCCUUGAACAAGACGUUCGCCAAGAUCCUGCCGAGAAUCGAAGCAGAAUGGAAAUACCUCGUGCCACAGCCUUGCGUUCCGAUCAGAUGA